AUGAAUCCAAAACAACUAGUUAUACAAUCUCUUCAAGCGAAUGUUAAACCUUUUGCCUGGAAAGCUCAUGAUGGUGUCAUUUUGCAAGUUGAUUGGAAUGUCAUCAACAAUCAACUUAUUUCCGCUUCAGAGGAUUGCAAAUACAAAGUAUGGGACAAUUACGGGAGGCUCUUGUAUUCGAGUGCGCCUUUUGAAUACCCAGUUACUUCGAUUUCAUGGUCUCCUGAUGGUCAGUUAUUUGCAGUUGGAUCGUAUGCUACUGUAGUGUUGUGUGAUAAACUUGGGUGGAUUCAUACUUUGGAGAAAACACAUACUGGUAGUAUUCUGAGUAUCAAAUGGUCUCCUGAUGGUAAUCAAAUAGCGUGUGCUGGUGGAAAUGGUCGAAUAAUUAAUGGAUAUGUUACUGAAAGAUGUUUAGAAUGGAAUGGUUUUGAAGCAGUGUUAACAGAUGAACGAACUGUUGUAUUACACAAUCUACGGAAUGAAUCGAUAGAACGUUUAGAAUUCCGUGAUCGCGUAUCAAAAGCAUCAUUCAGUUUCAAUUACUUUAUUGUAGUAACUAGCACUCAGUGCUAUGUAUACAAUAUUAAAAAUUUCAAUACACCUACCAUUAUUGAACUUAAAGAGUCCAGCGUUACUCAUAUUUCUCAAUGUCAAAAAUAUUUUGCUUUAGCUGAUGGAUCCAGUGUGUAUAUCUACAAUUAUGAUGUACGUCUUGUUUGUUCAUUAAAACAUGCUAAUAUACACGCGGAACAAAUUUAUGCAGAUUCUUUAACUAUGAGCAAUGAUGUAAUUGGUAUUAAAGAUCAAUUAGAUAAGAAAAUUAUUCACUUAUUUGAUCCAUCGAGUGGUAAAACGCUAGGUGAUGGGAAACCAAUAUCACAUUCGAAUGAAAUUAUUAAAAUCAGUUUAAAUCAAAUGGGUAACUCAUUUGAUCGUCGAUUGGCUCUGUUAGAUAAUAACAAAGACUUAUAUUUAAUGUCAAUUAGAAUACUUGGUAAUCAAAGGAAAAUGGUUAAAUUAGCUACAAUGGUUAGUUCAUUUCUAUGGGCUGAGACAUCAAAUAUUUUGGCAGCCAUAACAAACGAUAAACUUGUCAUCUGGUUCUAUCCUGAUAUUGCACUGACCAAUAGUGAUAUACUUAACUUAACACAAGAAGAACAUAACAUAAUUCUAAGUAAAUGGAAUGAAGCACUCAAGUUAUGCUGGACAGUUAAGGACCGGAUUCUUUGGGCAUGUUUAGCUGGCAUAGCAACAAAUGCUAAAAUGUUGGAUGUAGCGGAAAUAGCAUUUGCUGAAAUUGAAGAAGUCGAUAAAGUGGAAUAUAUUCGAUAUAUCAAAAGUUUACCUACAACAGAAAUGAAAAAUGCUGAAAUAUUACUUUUAUCAGGUGAAUAUCAAGAGGCUGAAGCAAUUCUACUACAGAAUCAUUUAUAUUUUCGUGCUAUCAUGCUCAAUUUGCAUGCAUUUAAAUGGAAUAGAGCACUUGAAUUGGCAAAUAAAUAUAAUUUAGCAGUUGAUAUUGUAUUAUCAAUGAGACAUGAUUAUUUAAAACAAUUAAAUCGUGUUGAAGAAUUACAUUUAUUCAAUUCACAACCAAAACAAAGUACAUUGGAUGCAUCGGAAUUGAAAGAAAGAAUUGAAGAGGAAUAUCUAAAUGAGAAGAAACAACUCCAAGAAUUAUCAAACACUUGA